AGGCCUACAUCAUAUCAGACAUUACAUUAUACGUGUAGUAUGGUACACUGUAACUUCAUUUUAUUUAUUAUCAUUUCAUUUUCAUUUCUUUAUUUGAUGGUUUUUUAAUGACGAUUUCACUUAUACAGUGGCAGUCAUUUUUGGGGGGGCUAAGGAAACUGGAGUUCCGGAAUUCCACAGACCUUGGCUAGCCGAUGGCGACACAGACUUUCUUGUCGGACAUUCAGGCUAUGAACCCUACCUCAGUGACAGCCCAGCAGGUUCAGAAUGUGGCCAAGGCCCAGCAGACAGGCAGCCCCAUUCAGCAGGCACAGGUGGUGCAGCAACAGAAAGUCACUGCCAGUCAAUCUGCUACCACUGUGGGCCAGGGCCAGACAACCACUAUCAUCCAGCCUGCUCAGGCUCACACAGGGGGCCAGCAGCAGUCGUACAUUGUCACAAGUAAGCAGGAUGCCCAUGACCAGUAUCUUCUGUAUGGAGAAGAUGGCAGUCUGUUAACAUCAGCUCUGAAUGAGGAUCAAGGCCAAGAGACAGUGACAAUACAACAGGGGAAUGGACAGACUGUUUAUCCACAAGUACAAUACCUGGAUAGCAAUGACCACACCAUCUACGCCUCAGCCAAUGGACAAAUGCAGUCCACCUACCCUGAGUAUAGUCAGACAACAAUGUAUGCCCCUGUGUCUGGAACGUACUACCAAACUGCUGGUUCACAGGCAGGGACACCAGUCACCCAGAUUGGGGUGCCAGGACAAAUCAUCACCCACCAGGGGGGUACAUUCUUAGUCCAGCAGGGUACAAUGGACGGCGAGGGUACGCCUCUUGGCCACACCACCAGAGCCUCGCCGGCCACAGUAGGUAUCUCAGACGUGCUGGCAAAGUGUGUACCUACUCUGAGUAACAGGGAGGUGCAGUGGCUGAUUGACAAUUAUGAAACAGCAGAGGGGGUCAGUCUUCCUCGUAGCACUCUGUACAAUCAUUACCUGCGACACUGUCAGGAACAGAAUCUCGAUCCUAUGAACCCGGCUUCCUUUGGAAAACUUAUCAGAUCUGUUUUUCUUGGCCUACGAACAAGACGCUUGGGGACAAGGGGGAACUCAAAGUACCAUUACUAUGGUAUUAGGAUAAAGGCAGGAUCUGCUCUUAACCAGUAUACAGAUGAUCAAACCAUGGCCAUGAGACAGCAACCUCUCAAUCAGGGAAAGUGUUUUAGGCAACCAUCAACUAAAGUAGAGGGAGAUCAUGGGUAUGGAGGAAGUCACCCAUCAGGUGUUCAGGACGCUGUGACAACCCAACAACAGCAGCAUCAGCAGUACCUGGGUGAUGCUUCAGGAGCAAUACCCAACUUUGGAGAAGUAGAUCUGAACUCGUCACCCUUACCUGACAACAUUUCACAGGAACACAUCAAGGUGUUUGAGAAGUUGUACAGGGAGCAUGCAGAGUCUAUACUGGACGUGGUUGUAAACUUACAGUUCACAAUGAUUGAGGCCUUGUGGCAAGGGUUCUGGCGUCAUCAACCAUCCGAUCAAUUAACUGCUGACAAUGAAUAUGAAAAGCGACUGCCCAAAGAAGUGCUGUAUGCCAUUUGUAAACUGGAGUCUGUACAAAGCUUUGUGAGAAAGGCAGACUAUGCCUUCUAUCAGACAUUAGUCAAAGUUCUUAUCCCAGAUGUCCUCCGACCCAUCCCAAGUUCCUUAACACAAGCGAUUCGUAAUUUUGCUAAGAGUUUAGAAAAUUGGCUGAAAGGUGCUAUGCAAGGAGUGACGGAUGAAAUGGUAAAGACAAAGAUAGGAGCUGUGAGUGCCUUUGCGCAGACAUUGCGCCGUUACACCUCCCUUAAUCACCUGGCCCAGGCUGCCCGCGCUGUACUACAGAAUACCUCACAAAUCACGCAGAUGCUAACAGAUUUGAACAGAGUCGACUUCGCUAAUGUCCAGGAACAAGCCUCGUGGGUGUGUCAGUGUGAGGAUGCUGUGGUCCAUCAGUUAGAACAGGACUUUAAGAAGACACUACAGCAGCAGAAUACUCUGGAGGAGUGGGCAGUCUGGUUAGAAGGAGUGGUAAACCAGGUUCUGAAGCCACAUGAAGGCAGCCCCAACUUCCCCAAGGCAGCUAGGCAGUUCUUGCUCAAAUGGUCCUUCUACAGCUCAAUGGUAAUCCGAGACUUAACCCUUCGUAGUGCUGCAUCAUUUGGAUCAUUUCACCUAAUUCGCUUACUGUAUGAUGAGUUCAUGUUUUACCUGGUGGAGCACAAGGUGGCUGCAGCUACUGGUGAAACCCCCAUAGCUGUCAUGGGCGAAGUCAGGCAGUUCAUUGACUUAGGAAGUGCUGUAGCUAUGAGUUCAUUAGAGGCUGAGCUGCCUGCCUUGAAGCCAAACACAGCACCUUCUGCUACAGUGGCCUCUUCCCCAGGGGCUACCCUUUUAACCCAACUCACAACGGCUGCCCCUUCCACCCUGGCGAACACACACAGUCUGUUCACGGGCAAUGUUAAUACUACCCAAGGACUGACUAACCUACCUGCCACGGUACGGGUAACCACUGUGCCCAGCACUGCUCCCUCUGCUGCCACCACUCAUGGUGGUACAUCAAUCAUCUCUGCUAAUGCUGCAGCCAGACAAGCCUCCAACAGUGGUAUGCCCAACAACACCACCACAGUCACAGUACUGGCUUCUGGGGCUACAAACAUGCAAGGUGCCAAGACCAUUGUAGUUCUGCCAGUAUCUGCCGCAUCAGGAGCUGGUGAGCCUACCAUUGUCAAGAGAAUGAAGACAGAAUAGCAGUGCAUCGAUAUCUAGUGAUGAGAAUAUGUGGGCAUUAGGUCCUGUGAUCUGACUGGCCGUUGUUCCAAGCACCUAGUCCAAGUAAUGAUGACAAUAUUAUUUUACCCGAUAUUUUUGGACACAAAUUCCUGCUGAAAAUUGGCUGUGCCAGUGUUUUUAAUGGCCUGAUCUAGUUGUUAUAUUUAUAUAUACAUAUAUAUUUCUGAGAUGGUCCAGGAAUUCCUUAUGGUUCAGGUUACAUGUAAAAAGGAUUAUUUUAUUGGCCACCAAGGUUGUCUUUUGUUGAUUCACCGAUGGAAAUCCCUUAAUAAAACAGCAGGCUGCAUGAUUUAUUGAAAGAGGUAUUACCGUGUGCUUUGGAUUAAGCCAUUUAUUGUCAAGUGUAGAUAGUGUUUGUAGAUUUGACCUCUCACCGGUAUCUUGGCAUGAACCUCUUUGGUCAGUAGUUAUUUUAGUUUUAAAUAUUGUUGCUUCAAUUAUGCCAGAUUUAAAAUGCCAUGACAACCAGGAAUGGUAGUGCUUGAAUAUAUGUAAAUAAGUGUUCUAACCCAGUGUAGUAUAAGCAUGAACAAUUAAGUUAUGUGAAGAACUGUCUUAGUGAGCAGUUACUGUAGCUAGUUAUUCCCAAUGCACAAAAACUUUGCUUGAUCUCGUAUGAACUUGUACUAUACUUGUAUGAGCUAUGAAGGGUUACAUUUAGGUACACCAAGCUCUGGGUAAUGCAUGUAUGUGUAAAUGAAGAUUACAGAUUAUAAAUAGUGACUUACAGACAUUCAUCAUAAUGAAAACCUAGUCGUGUUAAUGUGGACUUUGUACAGGCCAUGAGUUUUGAUGUCAUUGUUCAUGAAUUGUCUGCUGUUGUAUAAAUUCCUGCUUUGUACAUAGUAUCGUAUGUAUAGACAUGAUGGAUGUAGAAAGCUUGUAUAUUUCACUGUUUCUCAUUCCUUUAUUUUUCCAGGGCAGGGGGUAUUAUUAUUAUUUUUUUGGACAGAUUUGUAUUUUCACUUCCCACGCAAACCAAUUUCUGUGAUCACCUCUACCCCUGACCCUGUUCUUGUUGCUCGCAUUUCCAUGGCAAUUGUGUUUGCACUUCGGAUCUUGACAUCAACUUUUCUAUAUGUAGACAGCAUGUCAUUACAUUAGUAGUGGAAUAAAGGUUGGGUCUCUGAGUGUAAAGUCAGGUGCCGGUAAUACCUGAAUUUUUUAGAAUAAAAUGUCCCUCAGGCCUUCACAAAGUUAAUUUUUAGAGCGAAUUCUUGUACUUGAUUAUACUGGGGCACCUUCAUCUCAAGUAGAAACUGUAUAAGAUGAACAUUGACAGGCAAUACUUUUCUGAGUUACGCCCGUUGGGUGGAAUGGUCCAUGGUAUUUUCGAAUACCUGAGGGCAAUGGUCAGUUCAGUGGGAUACUCUGCCGGAUUGCAUCAGUUUUGGUGAGUGUGACGUGCUGGUAUGUAUUUGUUGCCGUGAAGAAUAUGGUAGCAAAAAAAUUGAGCUGUUAGAAGUAAUCACCCCUCUGUUCAUCAGUCUGAGUGAUGUGUUUGAGCAGAUAAUUUAUGGG